AUGUCAAGCAAGAAAGCUCAAAAGUUCAAGCUUUCAAAGACACAACAAGGCAAAGUGCAACUUAGACAAUUUGGUCCACAAAAAAAUAAAUUGUCAAGUCAAUCAUCGUUUCAAUUAAAUGCCAAGGAAAAAUCUGAAUUUUCAAAUGGUUAUGUAAUUUCUGUGCACAAACCUUGGCCAGAUCUUCAGUUAAACCAAAGCAAAUUGUUCUUUGAGUGUACUCUUUUUCUUUAUUCUGUUCUUGCCUUGUUUUUGCAAUACCUGAAUCUCUACAAGACUUUAUGGUGGCUUCCCAAAAGUUACUGGCAUUAUUCUUUGAAAUACCAUCUUAUAAAUCCUUAUUUGUUGUCUUGCAUUGGUCUUCUUUUGGGUGUGCGUGUUACAAAAUGUUUUUGGGAUGCGUUAAGUGAAAGAGUCGAUUACUUAUGUGAUGGUCAUAAUGGAUGGCAACUUACUUAUUGGAAAAUAUUCGAAUACGCAAUUGUCAAAACUCCUCUAACAACGAUUGUUUGCACCAGUUUUUUGUUCAGUUUUACUAAAAUUUAUUUGGAAUUUGGAUUGAAAGCGCCUAUAUAUUUCUUCUUGCCUUUGUUAGCUUAUGUUUUACUUUUUCACAAUUUGUCUUUGAACGAAUUUAUUGCUUCUUUUAAUUCUAUUUUGGUCAAAUUACAUUCUGACAAUUUUUCUAAAUUUAUGGAAGAAUUUUCUAUUUUUAUCAAAAAAUUAUUUUCUGGACCUCAACCGUUAUUGAAUCUGGAAACGACAACUCAUUUAUGUUCGGAGAUAUCAGCUCGAACAAGAGAAGAGGCUGCUAUUUUAUUCAAAGAUUUUGAGAAUAGAUGUAAAUAUUGUGUUUACACAGGCAUUUUAACUGCUUAUUUUUCGAUUUUUAUGCCGAGAGCUCUUUUACCGACUAGAACUGCUUCAGGAUUCACUCAAUAUAUGUUGAUUGAUGAUAUUUGGACUUUGCAACUUUUUUCAAUUAUUGGAUUUACUGGAUUUUCUCUUUACGUCACAUAUUUGUUCCCAAUUAGUUAUUUUGAUUUAUUAUAUCGUUGUGUUGUUCAUUUGGGGUUUUGGGAGCAAAUUCAACCACCAAUUCAACAACAACAUAUUUCGAGUAAUUCAGGUUUUGGACGAAACUCGAAGACAACACAUAAUUUCCAUGAAGUUUUUGAAGAUUUUAAUCCUGACAAUCCACCUUAUGAAGACGGCACCAGAGUAGUCCACAACAACAAUUUUUAUAUUGCAAGAAGCCAUCCACAUUUUAGAACAGUCACUGCUGAACCAAAUAAUGAAGAACAAAGAAGAUUUUAUAAAAUUGCAAAAGAUCCAGUCAAAUUGGUUACCUAUUUGUGUAUCUCUCAAAGUUCAAUGGUGGCCUUUGAAUUUUGGCUUUUAUUAUUGACUAGUGAUUGGCAACAAAUUGUUACUUUGGUGUUAUUAAUGUUUGCAAAUUAUUUACUUUUGGCAAAAAUGUUUAAAGAUAGAGUGGUUAUUGGAAGGAUAUAUAAACCUUCUUCUGAAGAUUUACAACUUAUAAAAAGGUUACAAGAAGAAAUGGAUGCAAAAAAUGAUGUUGGAUUAAGACCGGAUUGAUAGAAUGAGUUUUUUUUAUUUUGUAUAUUCUGGGACAUCGUUUAGACGGAAAAAAUUUUUUGGGUGGGUGGGAGGGUUAGGAAUCAUUUAUGAUGCGAUUUUCGCGCUAAUUUUGCCAAAUUAACGCAAAACGUCAAUUUCGGUUAUCAACGUAAAACCAAUGCAAGUUCAAAAUUUAAAGCUCGUUUGUCAUUAUUAAGUUCCCAAUACCGACUAAAUUUUUCAGAAAAUUUUUAAUUAUUAAUGAUUCAAAGCAAACAUCCUUUUUAUACUCUUUAGGAAGAUGAGGCUUUUCUGGCCUAUUUCUCUCACUCAUUUUAACAAACAGCCAAUGAAAGCAAAAUCUCCUAUUGUUGACAAUUUUUGCCCUACUCCUUGAAAAUUCAUAAAAGUCCUUUAAAUCCAAAAUUUACAUACUUUAAUGUCAGACUAUCUCCAAUCUUGUUUAAUUGAAUGGCAGUAGUAAUAGUAUCUCGAGCCUUUUGAAGGAAAACCUUCCUACGUUGCUUCGUUUGAUUCAACGCUUGUCCAAAUUGUACUUUCGCUAAUUCAAAAAAAAGCUCGCUCAUUUGAGCUGAAGAUUGUUGAAUUCUCUCGAUGAGAAAAGUUUCUGCUCUCUCCGGUCGCAUCCCUUUAGCCUUUGCCAGCUGAAAAUAAAAAGAUUAAUCUUUGAAAAAGGCCAAAAGUAUGCGCCCGGAGCAAGCUUGCACCUGGUCUUAAUAGUGUUAAUGAGAGAAAAAGCCUUUGGACGAAGCUGAACAAAUUUUAACCUCAUCCAUUCAACAAUCUUCACGAGAAGUUCGAGAGCUCAUUUUGGCUCUAGCGAAAAACCAGCUUGCACGUGGCCUGAACAGUGUUAACGAAAGAAAAGUCUACUUAAAGAAGGUAUUAGAACAUGUUGAUCGAGCUUUAAAAAUUGAGAAAAACGGAGAAGGCCUGGUGGUCAAGUUAGUUUUGAAUACUUGCA